CUUGCGUAUGGAGUGACGCACUUGUGAUCUCGGGAGUCUGCUGCGUGUUGAAUUUAGCAGAUUACAAAUUACAUGAUUUAUAAACAAAAGGACAAUGCUUGCUGCGAGGUCCACUGUCUGCAAGUCUUUCCUCUCCUAUCUGAAACCCCAAUCAGUAUGCGUGGGGCUAUUUCACUCCACUACCAAUUAUAGGAGCGCUAAAGUAGCGGUUGUCCUAUCUGGGUGUGGGGUGUAUGAUGGGACAGAAAUACACGAAGCCUCUGCGAUUCUGGUUCACCUGAGUAGGAGUGGUGCAGACGUGCAGAUGUAUGCACCAGACGUGGUGCAGAUGCAUGUCAUUGACCACAUCAAGGGCCAGCCUGCAGAGAAAGAGACCAGACAUGUGCUCUCCGAGUCGGCUCGUAUUGCCCGAGGGAAUGUUGUGGACCUCGCUAAACUGUCUGCUCAAAAUCACGAUGCGGUCAUCUUCCCAGGAGGUUUUGGCGCCGCUAAAAACCUGUCAACUUUUGCAGUCGAUGGGAAGGACUGCAAAGUCAACAAAGACGUGGAGCGAGUCCUGAAAGACUUCCACAGAGCUGGAAAGCCCAUUGGACUGUGCUGUAUCUCCCCUGUCUUGGCAGCCAAGGUUCUUCCUGGGGUGGAGGUGACUGUGGGGCAUGAAGAGGAGGAGGGUGGGAAAUGGCCGUACGCUGGCACAGUGCAGGCCAUCAGGGCAUUUGGAGGAAAUCACUGUGUGAAGGAAGUACACGAAGCUCAUGUGGAUAAGAAGAACAAGAUCGUCACCUCCCCAGCGUUCAUGUGCGACACCCAUUUGCACCACAUCUUCGAUGGCAUUGGAGCCAUGGUGCAGAGCGUGCUGAAGCUGAGUGGGAAAUGAUACUCUUCAUUUACAGCCUGGGUUGGCAGAUGAGCACAGAAAGCUGGCUUUGAAAAAUUUCAGAGCUUUACAAUGAUCAGCAGUAUUUUCAGGGUUCUCAGCUUCUGAUUUGCUUUCUGGCUGAUUUACACUUCUUAGGUUACAAAGGGUAGUUGCGAAGCCAUGUCCAGGAUUGUAAGAAAAUUGUAACAAAA